AUGUUCUCUAAGCGCAAAGCUAUGGACGCUGGAAAGCGUCCUGCAUUCCACGAAGGCCAUGCGGCGCCGUUGAUUCAGAUUCUGGCAUGGCUCUUUCUCGUCUUCUCGAUAUUAGCUGUUACAGCGCAGUUUGCCACCAAGAAAGCUAUGGCUCGGCGAUUUGUACGAGCUGACUUCGUACUGUUAACUGCUUUGGUCCUGUCCGUAGGACAGGCAGCUACGCUUCUUAGUCCUGCUGGUCAGCCUAUCGGGAAUCUACAGGCUGGUCUCUCGCCAGAUCAGAUUGAUGGAGCUUGGAAGGCUUUGUUCAGCAGCGAGAUAUUGAGCGUGCUUACCAUUGUUGCCGCCAAAGGCUCACUGCUCGUCUCUCUUGAGUCAGUGACACCGGUCGCUGGACACCAGAUGAUGAUGCGCGCAACGGGCGUUCUGACGCUACUAUGGGGACUGAGUGCUAUCUUCCUCUUCGCCUUCCAGUGUCCAUCGCCACAGCGAUGGGAUAUUACGAACCCAAAGUGUAUGGAUAUCCGCGCCAUACGAACGUACAAUGCUGUCAUGAGUAUCGCGACCGACCUUGCGCUCGCGAUCGUGCCUACAUUGAUGGUGUUGCCCUUACAAAUCACAUCGGAGAAACGCCUGACACUCGUCACUGGCUUUUGGUCACGCAUGGUUGUCGUAUUCGCCUCCGCUGCUCAGAUCGGAUACAUCCGUAGCCUACCCCAACAAAGCGACCUUCACUCGAUCUGGCGCAUCGUCGUAUGCGGACAAGUAGCUCAAGUUGCUAGCAUCAUGACCACAACGAUCCCCUUCCUGAAACCUUUUAUGGUGAGCCUCGACUCGGGCCUCUGGAGCGCCAAUCAUGCUGGUGUUGCUACGACGUCAAGCUAUGCAUCUGCAGUUCGUACAGGACAUUUGUCGAGCUAUGUCGAGAUUGCCAGUCAACAAAGUCGAGAUCCAUCUGUCGUGAAAGGAGACAAGGAUAUCGAUAUCUGGCACUGGGCUGUGACUCCAGCUUGCCAGCUUGCCUCGAGCAGUGCGCGCCAGGAUUGCAUUGUGAAGAUUAUUGCGCGUGUUAUUUGCACUCUAACCCAGAAUCAAUCUGUCGUCAACAGGGAUGCGUCAAGGCUCCUCAAGACUGCGACAAGUGGGAGCUUACUGAACGUGACACAGCAUCUGUUGGUUCCGCGAUCGCCGAUUCAGAUAGCAUUGCUGUGGGCGACCAACAGUCUCCUCCGAUCGACCAUUGUCAAGUCUGUCGGGCCGCUGUCUACACGUGCCAACAGAACUGCCGCGGUGACAAGGCCUGCGAAACAACAUGUAGUUGUCCCGUUACCGACCAGGAUAGCUGUCACAGAUGCUCGACUACCACCUGUUCUACCACUGUUCAAGAAGCAGACACCAAUGACUCCGAGUCACCCCCAAUUGACCAUUGCCAAGUCUGCCGGUCCGCCAUCUACGCCUGUCAACAAAACUGCAAUGGUGACCAGGCAUGCAAGACAGCGUGCCUAUGUCCCAUCACUGAGCGGGAAAGCUGCGGCAAGUGCCAGUCCUUCAAUUGUCCGAGCUCUUAGAGUCAAGCGGCCGUUGAUGUUCCUUCGUUAUGAGCGGCCAUAG